CCUCGCCCGGAGCGACGUCACACCAAGGUGGAAGAAGACUCAUUUUUCCAGCCUGUGUUCAUCCAAAGAAAACACGCUGACAGGCUGAGCGGGAGGAGAGUCGCCUCUACCUGCAGCCGGUGGGCGCCGCCAAUUAUUCACCAACUUUUUCAUCAGCGCGUCAGCUCAGAGCGCGGAGAGAGCGCUCCGCAUCUGACUGCGCAGGGGCAUUUUCAUACCUUCAUCUGCGCUUCUUUGCUACUCCUGCCCUCACAACAGUUUAACCGUGACAGAACCCCCGAAAGAGAAGCGAGAUUCUGCAGCUUAAUGUUGGAUAUUUUCCUGGCGCAGUAAGUCUUGAGUGUGUUCCUCAUUAGACCACCUUGAAACCAUGUAAGUGCGCGGCGACAGACACCGCACAGCGAUAAUGAAGAGGUUAACCACACCUUUGAGAGCGGACAUCACUUCUUUAGCCACUUGACCGACUUUGUUGCGCAUUAAGAUGCGCCCGACUGAAGAGGAGGUGGACUUUUGCGCACUCCUUGGCGGACACUUCCCAGAGAGCGUUGACUGAUCCGCACCGUCAGAGAAAAAAACAAUCGGACCUCCUAUGAUUUUAAGAAACAAUCCCACUCGGUGUUGGCUGAGGUCGAUACAUUGAAGUUUGUUGAAGAGGGAGAAAAAAAAAUCUCCGUGUGGAGUUGCAGCGAUCAACAUGACGGCUCGUCUCUCACGGAUCCAGCUGGCCCUGUUCUUUAUUUUGCUCUGUCCGGUCAACAUCAUCGGGCUGUGGUGGGCAGUGGGAAGCCCCUUGGUCAUGGACCCCAACAGCAUAUGCAGGAAGGCGAAGCGCCUGGCAGGGAAGCAGGCUGAGUUGUGCCAGACUCAACCAGAAAUCGUCAGCGAGGUGGCCAAAGGAGCGAGGCUGGGUGUCAGAGAGUGCCAAUACCAGUUCAGGUACCGCAGGUGGAAUUGCACAAGCCACAACAAAUACUUUGGCAAAGUACUACAGCAAGAUAUCCGGGAGACAGCAUUCGUCUAUGCCAUCACAGCAGCAGGGGUGACACACGCCGUGACCCAAGCCUGCAGCAUGGGAGAACUCCUUCAAUGUGGAUGUGAAGCGACCAGAAACAAAGCUCCUCCAAGGCCGCCUUCAUCUUCCGCAUCUGGGGACGGGGUUAAAUGGGAGUGGGGCGGUUGCGGCGAUGAUGUCGAGUUUGGUUAUGAAAUGUCCAAAAGGUUUAUGGAUGCCAAGAGGAGGAGAGGGAAAAGUGAUAUCAGGACACUCAUUAACCUCCACAACAACGAGGCUGGGAGGCUGGCUGUGAAACUCCACAUGCGGACUGAAUGCAAGUGCCAUGGACUGUCAGGCUCAUGCACCUUGCGCACGUGCUGGAAAAAGAUGCCUCAUUUCCGUGAAGUGGGCGACCGCCUGCUGGAGCGUUUCAACGGUGCUUCCAAGGUGAUGGGCGGCAACGAUGGGAAGACCCUGAUACCUGUCGGCCAGAACAUAAAGCCGCCGGACAAGCAGGAUUUGAUAUACUCUGACGAGUCUCCAGACUUUUGCCUUGCGAAUCGGAAAACGGGCUCGCUGGGAACAAGGGGGCGCAUGUGCAACAGCACGGCCAUGGACAUCAGCGGCUGUGACUUGCUGUGCUGCGAGCGAGGCUACAGGGAGGAGACGGUGGUGUUUGAGGAGAACUGCCUGUGCCGCUUCCAUUGGUGUUGCGUUGUCCAGUGUAAAAAGUGCAUGGUGCGAAAAGAGCUUAGUCUGUGUCACUGAUGAACUGAGGUAGAGUAUUCAUAUACUUUAAUUAUAACCACUUCUGUUACUUUUUAGGUUCUUGCUUUUGUAUUGUUGAUGUGAAAGAAGGAAAGGAUGUAGACUUCCAUGGUUAUCCAUUUUAUAUAUUUUUUUACAGCCAAAUAACACAUGUGACACCUUUGAUUUGACAUUUAAAACAUGUUGUUGGAGUUCUAUGAGUUCUGAAAAAAUUUAAAACUUUCCAAACUACCUACUAUCUGUUUUUUGGGGGGUUUCUUCAGUUAUUUUUUUGUCCGCGGACCAAAGAAUGUUCUCUUCCAUCAAAUAAAAGGCAGAAUACAUGGAGGGUCUAUUAUUGACUAGCUAGGCAAGUAUAAUGACUGGUUCACAUGGUGAGAUUUUCAAAUCUCAGAUACUCCUCUUAGGUAAUAACAGGUUUGGACCUACAUUGUGUGACAUAUUACAACAUGGCAAACACACCACACAGACUUCACUCACAAACAUUCAGAUGCCAGAUGGAAAAUCCUGCAAAAGGUGAAACAUGGCUGACUGGGAAGAACCAGUGGCAGUACUUUAUGGAUUACAUUUAGCAGAGAGAAAAAAACAAUAGAACAGGCCAUCUCCAACUUCCACCUGUCUUUCUGGUGUACUGUGGCAGUUUUGUCUUCUGUGUUCUGACUUCUCCUCCAUGUUUCUGUCACUUUGCAUACUGAUUGGCUACAUGUCACAUUCAACAGGCUGCUUAUCCACGGGGAACAUCCUACAUCACAACAUGUUGAAUAUCCCAGAUUUGAGGUCAUUGCAGUCCUGAUGUCCUUCCAAGCAGUCUAGAGAUCACUCUUAACACACCACACAAUGCAGAAAUAUCUCAUAAUAUUAUCUUCAGAGCCACCACAAUAUCCAGAGUCUUUAAGAUUGUCAAAAGGUGAAAGAUCCAGGCAAAAAUUUGCAUUAAUAUCUUGCUGUGUGAACCAGGCUCAAGUCUCCUCCCUCCACAACAUUUAUAACAGAGCUCAGAGUAGCUGUUAAACCAAAGAGGUGUCCGGAUCAUUAAAAUGAUUUCUCUGAUGUAUUCAAUACAAAAUGGCAAAGAACCACACCAGUUAUGAUAUAAACGUGCAAGGUUGUAGAGAGUCUGUUUUGUACUGUUUGUUAUUUAAAUUUCUUCAUAGACGUUGUGGUCUGUUUUCAAUAUGCUGUAGGGUAAUACAAACAUAAAGCAUUAUGGAUAUUAAUGUCGACAUUCAAUUACUUUGUUUCAUUUUGAUAUACAGUAUGUGUUAAUGGAAUUACUGGUAUUUAGCAUUGUAGUCAUUUUUUGUCUUCUAUAAAUCACAAGUAACAAGAAAAACUCACAUUUGACAGUUGAAAACUACAUUUAGCAGAUAUUUUUAAAUGUUUGGAUUAUGUUUUUAUUUCUCUUUAAAUAUUUGCAAUGCAAAACUUUUCACACCCCUUGAACUUUUACACUUUUGAUCAUUUUAAAAACUCUGACUUCAUGUAUUAUGGCAGAGAUUUUAUGUGCUAGACCAACACAUAUCAGAGCAUAUUUGGAAAAAAGGUAUGAAAAUUAUGCAUUUUCAAUUUUCUUUUACAAAAACAAGUGCUAGUUGUGUGAUGUGCAUUUCUGUUUACCCUCCUUUACUCUGAUACCUCUAAAUAAAGUUCAAUUCCACCAAUUGCCUUUAGAGGUCCUAUAAUUAUUAAACAGUCUACUUGUAUUUUAUCUUAGUAUAAAUACAGCUUUUAUGUGAAGACCUUUAAGGUUUGACAGAGAAAAGUCUGUUGGUUGUUCACUCCUCAAAUCUGGCUUAUUUGUGUGUUUGAAUGGCCUAAUCAAAGGCCACACCUAAAUCUAAUUCAGAAUCUCUGGCAAAAUUUUGCUGUUAACAGUUUCUAAUCUGACUGAGAUUGAGCUAUUACAAAAAAUAAGCAAAAAUCUCAGAUCCAGAUGUGCACAGUUAUUAGAUAUACCUUAAAACCAUGAUGAUUUAAGCUGUAAAUAUAAUGAUAAAUGGUUCUUAAAUACAUGACAUUUUUUUUAGAUUUCAAUAAGUUUUGCUUUUUCAACUCUUCCACUUUAAGUGUCUUUGUGUUGGUCUGUUGCAUAAAAUCCCCCAAAACGCAUUUUGGCUUCUGUGGCAAUAACACAACAAAAUGUGAAGAAAUUCAAGAAACAUAAGACAAGGACGAUUUUACCUACAGCAAGAGUUUCUUCAAAAGACUGGAAAGACCAAUCGAUUCCCUUUUAAACAUUCUUAAAAACAUCUACAGAUGUGUACAUGUGGCAGGAAAGUGGUUGGGGUUAAUCAAAUGAGCUAACCAAGACUGACUUUCAACAUCUUUUGUUUUUAAGGCUUUAUGGACUAGAAAAGUAAAGUUUUUGACAUAUUUCUCCUGCAAGGAUUGAUCAACCUUAAGCAGACCAAACAAGUGUUAGGUGGUGUAUGAUUCAGGAUCACAACAGAAAUUUGUAUAAUUCUCCUGCACAUUUUGGCCAGAAAGCAAGUGAAAAACUUCUCACCUACAACUCUCUCAUUACAUUUACAAAAACAUGUAAAAUUUGUGAUUUCCUCAGAAGUAAAAGCGGAGCCCUUAUUUUAUUUACCUUGUGGCAUCAAGAAAUCAUUUCUGUUGGUUAUUUUUCAUUAGAUUUAUAUACAGAGCUAUUAAAAUAAUGCACUUUUGGUUGUUAGCUGAUUUUUGAGACUGUGCAUAAUGUAUGUGUGUCUGUAUGCUUGUGUGUGAGAAUUUGUACUGAAAAACCUACCCACGACUAUAAAAGUUGGCCAGUUAUGAGCAUAAUCUUCUGUGUAGUAGAUAAAGAAUGUGCUACACCUCCCAUACGGAACAGGACACUUUUAAUCGCUGAUUGUUUCAUUAGAAGAGUGUUUCUCAUAAACCUAUUAUGUGAUGUUAUUUAGACUUUCAUGGCCUAUUACAUACACAAUGUAAUGUAUAAUGAACCCAUUGUUUCAGCUUGUUUUAUAAAGGGUUUUUAAAGUUGGUGUGAAUGUUUCAUAUUAUUUUGCCAUGAACUAGUCAGUGACCUCUGUGUUUUCUUCUCAUUGGUUGUGUAUUAUGACUCAUAUUUGAAUGAUGGUUUGAAGUUAUAUUGUUAGUAUCACACAGAACCAUUUUGGAGGGCCAAAAAUGAUCAGCUUUGUUACAAACGAUUGAUUAUCCUGCUAUUAAAGUUUAUUUUGUCAAUUAA